CUUUCAGAUGCGCUUAGAGCGCACCACAGUGUGGAUCAAGGGGAGGAAGGGGGCUAGCGGGAUAUAUAAGCAGUUAGCUUGUGUACAUAAAUAAAUAGGCACAUUGAGUGGUAAGAAACGUGGUUAGUUUGGAAACCGCCAUCGGACACGUUCCGGUCACCUCUCGGUGCCAGGAAGAGGGUCUUGGUGGCGUUUGAGAGGCGUUGUGUGUGAGAAGCGGCGUGCCGAAGGGAGGACGAGUCUGUUUGAAUAGACAGGAUGCACGGACCGCCUUCCAGCGACAGCGCAUGCCCACUGCGCCUCAUCAGGAGGGUUCAGUUCGGCGUCCUCAGCCCUGAUGAGCUUAAACGGAUGUCCGUCACCGAAGGGGGCAUCAAGUACCCCGAGACCACAGAGGGAGGACGCCCCAAACUGGGAGGUCUCAUGGACCCUCGGCAGGGCGUCAUCGAGAGGUCUGGGAGAUGCCAGACGUGUGCAGGUAACAUGACAGAAUGUCCGGGUCACUUCGGUCACAUCGAGCUGGCCAAGCCUGUCUUUCACGUUGGUUUCAUCACAAAGAUCAUGAAAGUCCUCCGCUGUGUGUGUUUCUUUUGCUCCAAGCUGCUGGUCGAUGCGAACAACCCAAAAAUCAAAGACAUCUUGGGCAAGUCGAAAGGUCAGCCGCGCAAGCGCUUGAUGCACGUGUACGACUUGUGCAAAGGUAAAAACAUCUGCGAGGGUGGCGAGGAGAUGGACAACAAGUUCGGAGUGGAGCAGCAGGAGAACGACGAGGACCUCACGAAAGAAAAGGGUCACGGAGGAUGCGGACGCUACCAGCCUCGUAUCCGGCGCUCAGGCCUGGAACUGUAUGCCGAGUGGAAGCACGUGAACGAAGACUCUCAGGAGAAGAAGAUUCUUCUCAGCCCCGAACGUGUGCACGAGAUCUUUAAACGCAUCUCAGACGAGGAAGAUCUCAUCCUGGGGAUGGAUCCCAAGUUUGCUCGGCCCGAGUGGAUGAUCGUCACCGUGUUACCGGUGCCGCCGCUCGCCGUCAGACCGGCUGUGGUCAUGCAGGGAUCAGCCAGGAACCAGGACGAUUUGACUCACAAGUUAGCCGACAUCGUGAAAAUCAACAACCAGCUGCGACGGAACGAGCAGAGCGGAGCCGCGGCGCACGUCAUAGCAGAAGACGUCAAGCUCCUGCAGUUCCACGUAGCCACCAUGGUGGACAACGAGCUGCCUGGUCUGCCUCGAGCCAUGCAGAAAUCCGGUCGUCCGCUCAAAUCCAUCAAACAGCGGCUGAAGGGGAAAGAAGGCAGAGUUCGUGGAAACCUGAUGGGGAAGCGUGUGGACUUCUCUGCCAGAACCGUCAUCACGCCUGACCCCAACUUACAGAUCGACCAGGUGGGCGUGCCUCGCUCCAUCGCCGCUAACAUGACCUUCCCUGAGAUCGUCACGCCCUUUAACAUCGACAGACUCCAGGAACUCGUGAGGAGAGGAAACAGUCAGUAUCCCGGAGCCAAAUACAUCGUCCGUGAUAACGGAGACCGAAUUGACCUCCGGUUCCACCCGAAACCGAGCGACCUUCACCUUCAGAUCGGCUAUAAGGUGGAGAGGCACAUGUGUGACGGUGACAUCAUCAUCUUUAACAGACAGCCCACCUUGCACAAAAUGUCUAUGAUGGGUCACAGAGUUCGAAUCCUGCCUUGGUCUACAUUUCGACUCAACCUCAGCGUAACGACUCCAUACAAUGCCGACUUCGACGGAGACGAGAUGAACCUUCACCUGCCCCAGUCGCUCGAGACCCGUGCCGAGAUCCAGGAGCUGGCGAUGGUGCCACGUAUGAUCGUCACACCCCAGUCCAACAGACCGGUCAUGGGUAUCGUGCAGGACACGCUUACGGCCGUGCGCAAGUUCACCAAGCGAGACGUCUUCUUAGAGAGGGGUGAAGUGAUGAACCUGCUGAUGUUCCUGUCCUCCUGGGACGGCAAAGUGCCUCAGCCUGCGAUCCUGAAGCCACGCCCGCUGUGGACCGGCAAACAGAUCUUCAGCUUGAUCAUUCCAGGUCACAUCAACGUGAUCCGUACACACAGCACGCAUCCGGACGACGAAGACAGCGGCCCGUUUAAACACAUCUCUCCCGGAGACACAAAGGUGAUCGUGGAAAACGGAGAACUAAUCAUGGGAAUCCUGUGUAAGAAGUCCCUCGGUACAUCUGCCGGUUCUCUCGUUCACAUUUCCUACCUGGAGAUGGGUCACGACAUCACUCGGCUUUUCUACUCCAACAUCCAGACUGUCGUCAACAACUGGCUGCUCAUCGAAGGUCACUCUAUCGGUAUCGGUGAUUCUAUCGCUGACGCAAAGACGUAUCUUGACAUUCAGAACACCAUCAAGAAAGCUAAGCAAGACGUGAUAGAGGUCAUCGAGAAAGCUCACAACAACGAACUGGAGCCCACUCCGGGUAACACUCUGAGACAGACCUUCGAAAACCAGGUCAACCGUAUCCUGAACGACGCUCGAGACAAGACCGGAUCUUCUGCCCAGAAGUCGCUGUCCGAGUACAACAACUUCAAAUCCAUGGUGGUGGCUGGAUCCAAGGGCUCCAAAAUUAAUAUCUCACAGGUUAUCGCUGUGGUGGGCCAGCAGAACGUUGAGGGUAAGCGAAUCCCGUUCGGCUUCAAGCACCGGACUCUUCCUCACUUUAUUAAGGACGACUACGGUCCCGAGAGCAGAGGGUUCGUGGAAAACUCGUACCUUGCCGGUCUGACGCCUACGGAGUUCUUCUUCCACGCCAUGGGAGGCAGAGAGGGUUUGAUCGAUACGGCUGUGAAAACGGCCGAGACAGGUUAUAUCCAGCGUCGUCUGAUCAAGUCUAUGGAGUCUGUUAUGGUGAAGUACGACGCCACGGUGAGGAACUCCAUUAAUCAGGUGGUACAGCUGAGAUACGGAGAGGACGGCUUGGCCGGAGAGGCCGUGGAGUUUCAGAACAUGGCUACGCUUAAACCGUCCCACAAAGCUUUCGAGAAGAAGUUCAAGUUCGAGUACACGAACGAGCGAGCACUGCGGCGCACGCUGCAGGAGGACGUGUUGAAGGACGUGAUGACCAACGCGCACGUCCAGAGCGCUCUGGAGAAGGAGUUCGACAAAAUGAAGGAGGACCGAGAGAUCUUGAGAGCUAUUUUUCCCACUGGAGACAGCAAGGUGGUGCUGCCGUGCAAUCUGGCUCGAAUGAUCUGGAACGCACAAAAGAUUUUCCGCAUCAACCCGAGAACUCCGACGGAUCUCAACCCUUUAAGAGUGGUGGAGGGUGUGCAAGAACUGAGUAAGAAGCUGGUGAUCGUGAACGGCGACGAUCCGCUAAGCAAGCAGGCCCAGCAGAACGCCACGCUGCUGUUUAACAUCCAUCUCCGCUCCACCCUCUGCUCCAAACGCAUGACCGAAGAGUUUCGUCUCAGCUCUGAGGCCUUCGAGUGGCUCCUCGGAGAGAUCGAGACCAAGUUCAACCAGUCGAUCGUUCACCCGGGUGAGAUGGUGGGUGCUCUGGCUGCUCAGUCUCUGGGUGAACCUGCCACUCAGAUGACCCUGAACACCUUCCAUUACGCUGGCGUGUCGGCCAAGAACGUCACCCUGGGUGUGCCUCGACUCAAGGAGCUGAUCAACAUCUCCAAACGUCCCAAGACUCCGUCCCUGACAGUGUUCCUGCUGGGCCAGGCGGCCCGCGACGCAGAGCGCGCCAAAGACAUCCUGUGUCGCCUGGAGCACACGACCCUCCGUAAGGUCACGGCCAACACGGCUAUCUACUACGACCCCAACCCUCAGAGCACGGUGGUGUCAGAGGAUCAGGAGUGGGUGAACGUUUACUACGAGAUGCCCGACUUCGACGUGACUCGCAUCUCUCCAUGGCUCCUCCGCAUCGAGCUGGACCGCAAGCACAUGACGGACCGCAAGCUCUCCAUGGAGCAGAUCGCCGAGAAGAUUAACGCAGGUUUUGGUGACGAUCUAAACUGCAUCUUCAAUGACGAUAACGCCGAGAAGCUGGUGCUGCGAAUCCGAAUCAUGAACAGCGACGAGAACAAGUUCCAGGAGGACGAGGAGGUGGUGGAUAAGAUGGACGACGACGUGUUCCUGCGGUGCAUCGAGUCCAACAUGCUAACGGACAUGACCUUACAGGGCAUCGAACAAAUCAGCAAGGUGUACAUGCAUCUUCCUCAAACUGAGAACAAGAAGAAGACCAUAAUCACAGAGGAGGGAGAGUUUAAAGCUCUACAGGAAUGGAUUCUGGAGACGGACGGCGUCAGUCUCAUGAGGGUCCUCAGCGAGAAGGACGUGGACCCAGUCAGGACCACCUCUAACGAUAUCGUGGAGAUCUUCACUGUGCUCGGUAUCGAGGCGGUACGCAAGGCUCUGGAGAGAGAGUUGUACCACGUCAUCUCCUUCGACGGUUCCUACGUGAACUACCGCCACCUCGCCCUCCUGUGCGACACCAUGACCUGCAGAGGUCACCUGAUGGCCAUCACCCGCCACGGCAUCAACAGACAGGACACCGGGCCGCUCAUGAAGUGCUCUUUUGAAGAGACGGUGGACGUCUUGAUGGAGGCGUCGUCCCACGGAGAAUGCGAUCCCAUGAAGGGCGUGUCUGAAAACAUCAUGCUCGGGCAGCUGGCUCCUGCAGGCACCGGCUGCUUCGACCUGCUGCUGGAUGCUGAGAAAUGCAAAUAUGGCAUGGAGAUUCCCACCAACAUCCCUGGUAUCAGCGUGGCUGGACCAACCGGAAUGUUCUUUGGUUCUGCCCCCAGCCCUAUGAGUGGCAUGUCUCCGGCCAUGACGCCCUGGAACACGGGGGCCACCCCGGCUUAUGGGUCAUGGUCUCCCAGCGUGGGAAGUGGAAUGACUCCUGGAGGUGCAGGUUUUUCACCAAGUGCCGCCUCCGACGCCAGCGGUUUCUCUCCAGGUUACUCGCCUGCGUGGUCUCCUACACCCGGCUCCCCUGGAUCUCCUGGUCCAGCCAGUCCUUACAUUCCCUCUCCAGGUGGCGCCAUGUCUCCAAAUUAUUCUCCUACGUCUCCAGCGUAUGAGCCGCGCUCCCCUGGAGGCUACACCCCACAGAGUCCUGGCUAUUCCCCCACGUCCCCGUCGUAUUCUCCCACUUCUCCUUCCUACUCUCCCACCAGCCCUAACUACAGCCCAACGUCUCCAUCUUAUUCCCCAACGUCUCCAUCUUACUCUCCCACAUCUCCAUCUUACUCCCCAACCUCACCAAGCUAUUCACCCACAUCACCCUCUUACUCUCCGACGUCUCCUUCUUAUUCCCCCACUUCUCCGUCGUACUCUCCGACGUCUCCUUCGUACUCUCCGACUUCGCCUUCUUAUUCUCCGACGUCUCCCAGCUAUUCGCCCACCUCCCCCUCGUACUCGCCCACCUCCCCCUCGUACUCUCCGACUUCCCCCUCGUACUCGCCGACCUCUCCUUCGUAUUCCCCGACAUCACCCUCCUAUUCCCCGACGUCUCCCAGUUACAGCCCGACCUCACCCAAUUACACGCCCACUUCACCCAGCUACUCACCCACCUCUCCAUCUUACAGCCCCACCUCACCUUCGUAUUCGCCCACGUCUCCGAAUUACACACCCACAAGCCCCAAUUAUUCUCCAACGUCUCCGUCUUACUCCCCUACCUCUCCAUCUUACUCUCCAUCCAGCCCACGUUACACACCCCAGUCUCCUACGUACACCCCGAGCUCGCCCUCGUACAGCCCGAGCUCCCCGUCUUACUCCCCCACCUCUCCCAAAUACACCCCCACCUCUCCAUCAUACAGCCCCAGCUCUCCGGAAUACACCCCGACGUCACCCAAAUACUCUCCCACUUCGCCAAAGUACUCGCCCACGUCUCCCAAAUACAGCCCCACAUCUCCAACUUAUUCUCCCACUACGCCCAAAUACAGCCCUACUUCUCCGACGUACUCCCCAACGUCUCCUACCUACACCCCGACCAGCCCCAAGUACUCUCCCACUUCUCCUACGUACUCCCCAACGUCUCCAAAAUACUCACCAACUUCACCGACAUACUCUCCUACUAGUCCCAAAGGUUCGACAUACAGCCCCACUUCGCCGGGGUACAGUCCGACGUCUCCCACCUACAGUCCAGCCAUCAGCCCCGAUGACAGCGACGAGGAAAACAACUGAAGCGGUGGACCCCUGGUUUAGACUCGCCCUCACGAUGCUGUCUCUUCCUUCGAGUUCCUUCUUAAAAACUCAGCAUCAGCGUGGGUCACUAUCGUGGGUGGACUUCGCCAUGUUUGAUUUGGACGACAGGAAACUACAAAACUUGGGGUCCUACCUGUAUUUAAAAAAAAAAAAAAAAAAAAAAAGGUUCUGAAAUCUUUUGGACCCUCCUCACGUCACUUCUGCAAAUACGGCUCUGUUUACUAUGAUAUUGUCAUAGACGAGAGAACUGUCGAGAACCGACUGCCUUUCAGCUUCGUUCGGUUGGAUUCUGAAGGGGUUUUAUUUAGAAAUAUAAAUAUAAAACCCACCCCUCGUAAAAUAGACGUCUCUAAUACAGUGUUGAAAGUUACGGAAAGCUGAAAGCUUAAUUUGCCAAAAGCCUUUAUAAAGUAAAUAGUGGAUCAUAUCUACUGCAGAUAGAACUGGAUCUUAAAAAAAAAAAAAAAAAAAAAGUCGACUAAAGUGUGGUGCACAGAAAAUAUUUUACUGAAACAUAUCUAACAUUGUUUUUGUUUUUUUUCUUUUCCCCAUGCUUUGUAAAUAUGCUCCAUGCAAAGAAAGAAUUGAAACUCUAAUUCAUAAAUGUUUUAAUGGCCAGAUUUGAGUUUGAUUAUCUGCUAAAAUGAAUAUUCAUCGGUUAUGAUUCAAACUCGUCUAAUCUAACCAGAUGGACUCGUGCUGGUCAUCUGUGUAGAAGAAAGGGUUGUAGUAGUGGACGGCCAUGUUCGUGGCUUAUCUACCGUCGUCCUAUAUUAUUAUUAUUUUUUUUUUCUUUCUAGUUUCUUCCACCAGCGUCCUGUUCAAUCUUCACAUAACCACAAAGAGUUACAGCCAGCAAUAGCUUCCCUCUGUCUGUAGAGAAAUGUGAAUUUUUCUGGUAACAUAAUUUUUUUUUUUUUCCCUAUUAUUGAUUUUAGAGUGUUAUAGGAGGAGGAAGGUGAGGAAUUUGGUUGUAUUUAUGUCAGUUUUGCUUGGAGCUAGUUUCUUUUUGCGACGUACUUUUACUCAAAUUCUUUACAAUAAAACCUCAUCCGUCCCUGUCAGAGUUUGUAUAAAUCCCCCCCCCCCUUACUUUUUAGUUAAUGUUAUUUAAAAUAAGAUUCCCCGUAAGUUACUGAGGUGGAAUUUAAUCGUUUUUCUGUUUUUUUUGUUUUGUUUUUUUUCUUUCAUAGAGCUGUUUAGAGUUUUUGGGUAUGCGUUUGGAUUUUAACGUUCUCGCAGUUUUUCUGUAAACAGCAGGGGUCGCUGUAGUCAAUUUUGAACAGUGUUUUGUUCUUUUGCGGAAAGCUGGGUGCAGAAACCCAUUUAAAAACGACUUUACUAGCUGAUUCGCAAGCAGUUGUGCUGUUCAUCUCAAACACCCUCCUCCUACCCAGUAAUCAGUGUUUUGGUUUUUUUUUUUUUUUGUUUUGGUUUUUUUUUUUUAUAUAAAGUAUUUUCUCCCCCUUAAAAGGGUUGAAAAUAAAUACUGUACCAUACUGGAAACCUAUAUGCAGAAUGUUGUGUAUAAACAGGUGGAACCAGGGUUCAAUCCUGACAUGAGCGACGUUUGUCUUGCUCUUUAAAUGUCAGCCAUGGUGGCUUUGUGCGAGCGUUUGCUGUAUAAAGCCUUGGAGCAGGUUCGUCAGCUCGUCAGACUCUCUGCCCUAGAUUGCCUUCAACGAUGUUUUCUUAAAUUUCCAGUCACCUGUGUACCCAGGAUCCUAGUAGAAGUGAAUGGAUGAGUGAGAGAGUGUGUGUGUGUGUGUUAUGACAGGGUUUCCUUCAGUUGAACUGGGUUUCAAAAGGGGUAAUAAAGUAAGAUUUAAACUUAAAUUGCCACUGUAUAGAAGAGGACUUGUCUAAUUCUCUGUAUCUUUGUUUUUGACUUGAUAAAACAAUAAAAUGUUUGCCUAUAAA